AUGGCCGACUCAUCCCCUCAGCAGAUCCGCACGGUCACGACCGAUCUUUUGAAGAUCAACCACCCAAUCAUGCUUGCCGGCAUGAACGUCGCCGCUGGUCCUAAGCUCGCUGCCGCUGUUACCAACGCUGGAGGCAUCGGUGUUAUUGGAGGUGUUGGAUACACACCCGACAUGCUUCGGKAGCAGAUUGCCGAGCUCAAGGGAUACCUCAAGGACAAGAAUGCACCAUUCGGUGUUGAUCUUCUGCUUCCUCAGGUCGGUGGCAGUGCUCGYAAGACCAACUACGAUUACACAAAGGGAAAGCUCAACGAGCUGAUUGAGAUCACCAUCGAGUCCGGUGCCCGUCUUUUCGUCUCCGCUGUCGGUGUUCCACCAAAGUCCGCUGUUGACCGUCUCCACGAGGCCGGCGUUCUCUACAUGAACAUGAUCGGACACCCCAAGCACGUUAAGAAGUGUCUCGAGCUCGGUGCGGACAUGAUCUGCGCACAGGGUGGUGAGGGUGGUGGUCACACAGGAGAUGUGCCAACUACCGUUCUCAUCCCAGCAGUUGCCGCACUUUGCAAGGGUCACAAGAGCCCGAUGACCGGCCAGCCCGUGCAGGUUAUUGCCGCCGGUGGUAUCUUCAWCGGUCAGGGUCUUGCCGCUGCGCUUGCACUCGGCGCCAGCGCUGUUUGGGUCGGUACUCGUUUCAUUCUUGCAGAGGAAGCCGGUGCUCCCCGUGCUCACCAGGAAGCCGUCCGAACCGCUGGCUUCGAUGACAAUGUCCGUACCAUCAUCUUCACUGGACGACCACUUCGUGUGCGCAACAACCCAUACAUCAAGAACUGGGAGGAGAACCGACAGCAAGAAAUCAAGGACCUCACUUCCAAGGGCCACAUUCCCGUUGAGUGGGACAUGGAGCGUCUCGGCGACGAUGUCGACGAUGACACCAUGGACAACGCACGGCCAUUCCUCAUGGGCAAGGCCGCGGCUGUCGUCAAUGAGAAGAAGUCUGCGAAGGCUAUUGUCGAUGAGUUUGUGCAGGGUGCUGUCAACACAUUCAAGUCAAACAUUGAUUCUAUCAACGGCAAGAGCAAGUUGUAG